AUGGAGCAUAAUUUCCCUAAUAUUUUCGCCGAUGGAUACAACUCUCGGCAUGAUGAUCUCGAUCGAAAAGCAGAUUUAACUUUAAAAGGCGUGGUUGGUACGAUCAUUAAAGACUAUUUUCCACGCCUAACACAAUCGCAACGAGUAUUAUUUGAAGCUUUUCCGUUUGGAAGAUUCAUAGGAAUGCAUGUCCCCUAUGGUGACCCCUUACUUGUGCAUUUGAUGAUGUUGGAUGAAGUAAGGUCUCAACAAGUGUUUGAAAUAUGGAGGUUUCUUUUUGAGAUACACGGGAUGCAGUUGGAUUUAGGUGAAACUGAAUAUAUUUUUAUUUGUGGUGUAAGUGUUGGUCCUUAUGUGGAUUUACUCCACGACGAAAGAGGCUGGUCAAAUUCAAAUCUUCGUGCUCGGUUGUUCCCAGACAUUAUAGAUGCACGUUUGUGGCUCAAAGAUUUAGAAGACUACAUUAUGUCUCCGAAUUAUUCGACACUUCAGGGUGAAGAUGCUGUAAUGCUUAUCCAACUUGUUCUUAUGUUGAAAGGUCUCCACGGAUGGGAUGUUAAAAAGGGCAUUCCCGCGGCAAUAUACAAGCUUGCUGAUAAUAUAGAUGAUUGGAACAGGUAUUACAUUUAA